AUGGAGAGAGCCAACAUGCUGGGUCUCAUUGUCUGCUCUUUCAUUUUUGGCCUGGCCCUCAACCAGAUGCAAGAGAAAGGGAAAAUCCUGGUGGAGGUCCUCACUAUCCUGAAGGAGGCCACCAAAUGGGUGUUCAGCUUGAUACUGUGCUACUUGCCAUUUGGAGUUCUCUUCAUGAUCACAAGCCACGUUGUUGAGGUGCAUUUUUUCAUAGGAGGCCGCUGCAACACUGUCAUCAGCGUGAUGGGAGACUGCAUCAGGGUCACACUUGUUCACCAAGUGUCCAGGAAUGAACUGGAAGAAAUGGAGGAGCAAGGGCAGGAAAUGACAAGUGCUAGUGUUUCCACAACAGCGUGGUCGCGCUCUGAUUGUCCCGCAGAGGGAGAAGGAGGAGAGGCGGGUGGGAUUAUCAAUGUCAUCUCCAUGUGGAUACCGGGAGCAAUAACGGUUAUUACUCUGCUUCUACAGUGCCGUCUGCACGCAGAAGCUCUUCCUCCUCCUGAGUGCGACCCUAACUACAUUUUACUCCAAGAUGAAAUGUUCUGCUUGGAGCUGCUCAGAACCAACCAGAGCUCCCCCAGUCCCGGAACACAAGAGUGCAGGGGCUGGUGGGACCAGCUGAACUGCUGGCCCCAUGCUGCAGUUGGAGAGAUCGUGUCUCAGCCGUGCCCCAGGUUCCUUCACACUACAGGGCGAGUGUUCAGGAACUGUACAGAGCUUGGAUGGACUGAGCCGUACCCUCCACAUGAUAUAGCAUGCGAGUACAGCUUCAACGAAAGCCUUCUUCUGGAGGUAUUCACGUCUCAGAGGUACUUCCUGUACGUGAAGGUCAUGUACUCUGUGGGCUACGCGGUUUCACUGGUCUCCCUCACCGUAGCUGUUACCAUUCUCUGCCUCUUCAGGAGGCUCCACUGCACACGCAACUUUAUCCACAUCCAGCUCUUCCUGUCCUUCAUCCUCCGAGCUGCACUCAUCUUCAUCAGAGACUCAGUUCUGUUCUCAAAUGAAGACCAUUUCCACUGUGGCGUCUAUCCGGUGAGCUGUAAACUGGCCACCGUUCUAUCUAACUACUGCAUCAUGGCCAACUACAGCUGGCUGCUGGCGGAGGGUCAUUACUUGUACAGCCUGGUCAGCGUCUCGCUGUUCUCCCAGAGGAGACGCUUGUGGUCGUACAUCGUUGUCGGCUGGGGUUCUCCAAUGAUAAUUAUGAUUGGCUGGAGUUUUGCCAGGUAUCUCCAUGAAGAUGAAGGCUGCUGGGAGACGAGAAGGAGCGAGUGGAUCUGGUGGAUUCUCAGAGUUCCUGUUCUGCUCUCCAUUAUAGUGAACUUGGCAUUCUUCCUGUGUAUUAUAAGAAUACUGGUGGCCAAGCUAAGGACGCAAGACAUGCCAGGCAGUGACUUCCACCACUACAGGAAACUUGCCAAGUCAUCGCUUCUCCUGGUGUCGCUCUUUGGCUUACACUACAUCCUUUUUGCUUUCCUUCCACACAAAGUCAAAGGCAGGACUUAUGAAAUCUGGAACUUCAUUGAGCUGGCUUUUGCCUCCACUCAGGGUUUUGUUGUAGCAGUUCUAUACUGUUUCCUGAAUGGAGAGGUGCAGAAUGAGAUCCAGAGGAAGUGGUUGAGGUGGAGGCUGAAGCAGCGUAUGCAAGUGGGGCCCAGGAGACAGUGUGGCUCCUUGAGCCAGAGUGGGGGUGGACCCACUAACGCCACUCUGCUCAUCAAGACAGUCACCACACCUGAGUCCGGUCUGGUGGAGCAGGAAGCUAGGUAAUGGUACAAGACUCCAAAUGGUCAAAUCCAAGAUCAGGUCCAGACCAGACUGGGUCUAAAGCAAAAAAUCAAAAUACAUUUUUUUUUUUUUUCAAAUAGAAAGAUUGCACAGAAGGAGUUUAUAGGGAGCCAACAAAGAUUUAACUCAAUCAGCAGGCACUCAGGACACACAGGUGUAGGGACACACAGGUGUAAGGACACACAGGUGUAUACAGGAGAUCUCCUCUGAAAAUGCUCGUAACGCUGGGGGAGAUAAACCAAGCAUCAGUGGAAUUAUCAUUUUUUGCAAUGCCAAAAGCAUUUCUCUGACACGAGGUUGAACAUUGUUGGUGUUUAGUGAAAUGUCUGACCAAAAUUAAUUGUAAUAACUCUUCAUUCAGAGACAUCAGCGGGGCAAAAUCCUCAGUUGUCCAGUACUUUGCUUUAUGACCACAAACCUGCAACACUGAUGACGUUCCCGUCGGCCUCAGUUGUACUUUGUGUGCUAAUCACCAAAUGUUAGUGUGUUAACGUGCUAAACUAAGAUGGUGCACAUAACUGGUAAACUUCAGCAUGUUAGCAUUUGAGCUUGUUAGCAUUGAGGUCAGCAUUUAGCUCUGUGAGCCCUGCUGUGCCUGAAUGCAGCCUCACAGAGCUGCUAGCAUGGCUACUGACUCAUAGGCCCAACCAACGUACUACAUGCUACAGCCUCAGUGAGUAUGUUCUGCAUACCACCUACUAAAUCAACAGUGUGGUCAGUUUAUCUAACACCUGUCUGGAUAUUUGCAUAGUUGCACGUAGCAUGCGCACACACAAGAAUGAGACACUUAAAACUAAUGUUGUAAAUAUUUUCUACUGCACCCUGUAUUUGUAUUUAUGUGUAACUGUGGACGACUGUUUGCUGACAUGUAAAAGCUGCUGCACUGAUUUUUACUGGCAGUAAUAAAGUACAGUAGAUGUGGACCCUGAGAUAUUGUAACACAGUGAUAAACAGAGUUUGUGCUGUUUUGUACGUAUACCUGAAGUGGUAACACAAAGAACUGUUGCUCCCAGUCAAAUUUUGUGUACUCUGCUUUUAGUGCUUUUUAGGUUUUGUGGUUGUGCUCUCAGAAUAAAACUCAGUAAACUGUUGCCUCUAA